AAAUUAGAUCGCUAUCAAUCAUUAAUCGUGUAAAGUGGUGAAAACUUAAAGACAACAGAAUUUGAGGAAUUACGUUUGAUCUAUAAAAAAAUAAUUUAACUCAAUUUUGGAUAAAACUUCACGUACACAACAUAAAUAAUUAAAGUUACAGUUUCUUGUGUCUAAAAAUUUGUCACAGUUACAAAUAAAAAAUUAAGCAAGAAGGAACAUAAAAAAAGGUGCAGAGUCAAUCAUGCCUGAACCACAAAUAAAUAAUUACACAAGUGAAUCAGUUUUAAGUGAUGAAGAAAGACAGCAUCGAAUUGAGGAAUUAAGAAAGAUGAUUGAGGAUUAUUCAAUCCUAAAUAUCAGAACAGAUGAUAUUUUCCUUAAAAGAUUUCUUUCGUGCUGUGAAUGGAAUGCAAAUGACGCUUUUCAAAGAAUUAAGAAACUUUUUAAACUCAAGUUUGACCACCCUAAAUGGUUUCUCAACAAAAAACUCAACGAUUACGAUGAUAUUUUGAAACAAACAGCAAAGGUUAUGCUUCCUGGUCGAGACAAGAAGGGAAGGAGAGUUUAUCUUAGUCGAAUGUCAACAAUUGGUCAUUUAUCGCUCUUUGAUAUGGCACAGUUGGAUGACUUGUGGUUUGAAGCCAUGCUAAAUGAAAAUGAUACGAUUGAAAAUGGAAUUGUUGUACUCGUUGAUAUGAGUGGAUAUUCAUGGAAAAUGCUCAAGUGGCUAGCGCCAGGCAACGUCAAAGUUGCAUCAACAAAGGCUGAAUUACUUCCACUUAAACAAAUGGAAGUGCAUGUCGUCAACUCAUCAUCACUCAUGAACACAGCAAUUAAUCUCGUUUUUCCAUUGCUAAGUCAAUCGAUAAAGGAUCAAGUGUUUUUCCAUUAUCAGAAUUUUCCAUCCUUACACGAGCAUCUUGGACAAGAUGUUCUUCCGGCAUGCUACGGUGGAACGCAAGAAAUGUUGAGCUUUCAAGACUUUAAUAAUUAUUUAUAUAAGCAUGAAGACUACUUGAAUAGAUCAAUAAUGUAUGGAUUUACGACUUGCCCAUCAGCUGAUGGAGUGAUGAAAGACAAAAAGAAGCAGAAGAAAGAUAGUCUUGUAAUAGCUGAGUCAAUUUAAUGACUUUGUUGAUAUUUUUUCUGUUUAUUAUUUUUGGUUAUUUUUAUAUGUGUUGGAAGUUAGACUGAAUAUUCAGAUUAUUGAUUAUUCUUCAAAAUCAGGGCUAGAUAUGAAUGUCAUCAUCAUCUUUAACCAUGCCCUACCGCAUAUCCUUCAAAUUUUUUAUACUCUCAUAAAAAUGCAUCCGAAUAAAUUCAGUCCAUAGGUUUUGAUAGCUAAUUUAAAUAUUCAAUGUUUAAUUUUCUGAAUGAGCUGAUGAUGAUGCUCUAGACAUUGAAUAUAUUUUGAAACAUAAAAACAAGUUUAACAUAAAAAUUGCAUUGACUCAAUCUGAAUCUUCAGCACUUCCAACAAGUUAAUACAUUUUCCUUUCAUUUUUUUUUCGGGGUAAUUGACACAUCAUCAAUUAUUUUUGUAAAUAGAGAAGUAAUCAAGGUUAAUGGGUCUUAAAAAAAUUCAUAUGCGAAUCAUAAUUAAGUUACAUAAAUAGAUGUACAAUGUACAAAGUAUAUUUUUCUUUAGGUGACCAGAUGACACCAAAAUGUUAUGUAAAAUAUUGUGAACAUAUAUAUUUUGAUAAAUAAAAAGAAAAUAUGAAAAAAAG